UCGCUUACAAGACGCGAGACUUCAUAGACGUGUACUUUGCCUUUAAUAAUAAUGUAAUAUCUUAAUAACUUACAAUAAUUGUCACUAUAAAAUUAACUGCAGUGUCAGUUCGAAAGUAAAGUGUGUCGCGAGUGUGAUUUUACAAUUUAUACUUACUUAUAUUGUGCAAGAUGAACUAAAUAUUUCUUGGUUAUAACAUAUAUCUGUGUUAGUUAUGUCUAACCAAACAGCUUCCCCUUUCGGGCGUAGCCAACUAUUGCAGCGAAGUCCUCCACCGACUCCAAAUCAACCAGAACCAGUUCAACCUAUUGAGCAAAUUCCACCUCAAGCUCCAGCCGUGUUGGCUGGUGAGUUACCCCCUGAAGUUGUUUCAACACCAGAUAUCCAGAAAUGGAUUGGGUCAAUAGACGCCGUUCUCACUGAGGUCUGCACCAUAGUCUCAGAAGGGAAAAUGAACAACGAUCAAAAGCAGCGUGUCUCCGCCCUUUGUCGCAACGUUUUAAAGGGGACAAGUCAAAUGGCCGUAGAAUAUCAAGCUUUAAAGCAAAAAACCAUCCAAGCGCACCACACAGUACUGCAUCUAAAAGAACAGCUGGACCUUGCAGAAUCUAUUAAGGUGAUCAAAAAUACUAUAAUCGACAAAUUAUCGCCUUCGGACAUAACCUCUUCAUCUUACGCUAGCAUAGUAAAAAAAAGUUCCGAAACCCUCAUCCGUCCAGCAAAUCUGAGUUCUGUGGCCAUCUAUCCUUGCGACAAGACGAGAACAAGCGAAGACACAAAGUCACUUGUUCAGAAAAUUAUUUCGCCUGAAGAACUAAAGCUUCAUGUCCGUGGCCUAAAAAAAGUCAGAAACGGGGGUGUACUUAUUAGGACCGAGAACAAAGGAGAUAUUGAAAAGCUCAGGAAUUCAGCGAAACUGAUGUCAUCUGGCCUUACGGUAGAAGAAACCCCCAAGCGCCGACCUAGGAUUGCUGUCGUUGGAGUUCCAGUAGCACUUACUGAAAGAGAAGUAUUUGACUGUAUCUAUGAGCAAAACCUUUCGGAGAAAUUGGCAAAUAGUACUCGAGAGUCCUUUCUUGCUACUGUCAAAUUGAGCCAUAAGUCAGGUAAGAAAGGUCUUCCCACUUGCAAUUAUAUAUUAGAAGUUUCUGCUGCCGUCAGGAAAGUACUCAUAAACCAAGGCCGGAUUUUUAUAAACUGGACUUCUUGCCCUGUAAGAGAUUUCACAAUAGUUACAAGAUGCUUCAACUGCCAGCAGUUUGGCCAUGCAGCCAAGUUUUGUCGUGAAACUAGUCCUACGUGCAACCACUGUGGGGAGACUGGGCAUUCCCACAAGGAGUGUGGCAGUAAAUCUUCUCCGCCUCAAUGUGCGACGUGCAAGCGCUUCAAGAAGAAAUCUGACCAUCAGACUGGUGACGCAGAGUGUCCGGCGCGUAAAUAUGCCGAGAUUAAUUAUAUCAAUUCCAUUGACUAUGAAGGCGCCUAAGAGCGCCCCGGAUAGUUUAUUUAGUAGCACUUAGUUAUUGUCUCGUAAGUUAAAAGUUACUCUAUAUUUUAUUAAUUUAGUAAUUAGUUUUUAUGGCCAGUCAGCUAAUCACUGAUCUGGAUGAAUUUUCUGUGUCUGAAGCCAAUACCUGUAAUGUAGAAGAUUGUAAACUUCUUCUUCCUUCUGGGGAAAAUACGCUUACGCUACUAACUCAAAAUAUUCGCAGUAUUAAUCGCAACAUGGAUGGCUUUGAAGUUCUAUUAGAAAGUCUUGACAUUAACUGUGAUGUUAUUGUCCUAACAGAAUGUUGGCUGUCUUCUCAGACAGCCAAUUUACCUUCUCUCGACGGCUACUGCACUCACAAAACAAAUUCAAACAUGAAUCAGAAUGAUGGUGUAGUGGUGUACAUCAAAAACAACUUAAAAGUUCUAGUGGAAGAGCCCAGAGUUCAAAAUAGUAACUGUUUAGUAAUUAAAAUUAUUCCGGAUACUGUAAUUAUGGCCAUUUAUAGGCCACCGUCUCAAAACAUUGACAGCUUCUUGGACUCACUUGAUGUAAACUUAAAACAUUUAUCUGCUUUUAAGAACAUUAUAUUAAUGGGUGACAUAAAUAUUAAUAUUGCUUCUGAGAGAGCAGAUACACAUGUACAUAACUACCUAAAUAUUUGUUCAUUUCAUGGUCUUUUACCAACCCAUUAUUAUCCCACGCACCAGUCUGGGUCAUGUUUGGAUCAUUUCAUCAUAAAAACCCGACAUCCGAACAAAACAUUAGUCACCAAUUCAUCGCUUACGGACCAUCAAGCUAUUUUGCUAACAAUACAAAAAUCCUCACCUAGAAAAAACUGCAUGCGUAGCUUUUUAAAAAUUGAUAUGACUAAUCUUGCACGUGACAUUCGCGACA